AUGACUUCGCCUUGCGAGCUUCAGUUGACGUGGCAGGACACACGUUCGGAAGCGAAGCGCGCGACGGUCCUGCAGGAAAUCGGCAGCCAUUCGCAGGCGGUGCCGUCGCCUCCCAAGGCGCCCAGCGCCCAGCUGGACAGCAGGUCCCAGCAUCAGGAUUGCAACACAAAUUGGCCACUCGACGGUGCGCCCCCGUGGACGUCCGGCUGCGGCUGUGCGCAGCCCCUGCGCGGGCACGUGCAGCUGCCCGCGUCGCCAACGCUGGCGACUCCCAAGCCCAAGAGCGCCCCUGACGCCCUCCCUUCUGCGGCCCAGCUAGACCCCCUGGCUCGUGAUUGCGGUUCGGCGAGGAAGGACAACAUACGAGAGGCAGGGGCCCAGGGGGGGUCGCCACUGGGCGGUACAUCUGCCGCCACCUCCAGUUGCCCAGUUUCGAAAACCGUGAGCAAGUGGUGCGGCGAGGCACUGGAUAACCAGCCGUCUGAACUCGGCCCCUCGCCCCUAGCCAAGCACACCCAGGGUGUUGGCCUCGUCGAGGGUUCGAGUCAGGACGUGUCCGCCAGUUUCACGCACAGUGAGCCAGGAUGGAAGAUCUUGGAGGGCAAUGUUCUGCGGUCUUCAUCCAGUGGGCAAUCUACCAGACAGCCAGGGGUGACAAGCAGGGAUGCAAGGGAAGGCUCGGCCUCAAUCAUUGAGCAAGAGAUCAUAAGCAGUACAACUGACUCCCAAAAUUGGAAUGUUACCGAUGUGGAGCAACCGAUUAUCUCCUCAUUAACAUCUGCCAGCAGCAAGCUAUCCUUUGAGGAACUUGCUUGCUUGCCACCCAACCAUCCAGAGGUUCUUGCAGUGCUUCAACAUCCUGAUGCAGGACCACUCACAAGGGUGGCCCUUGUGGGGACUUCGAAGCCAGAGCGCAAGGUGGCUGGUUACGAUCCGAGUAUAAUUGCAAAGCUUGGAUGGGAUGAUGAGUAUUGCAGAUUGGACUGGGAACACUUGGAUUGGGUAGUCUUGGGGCAGAACCCUCUGAAACGACGGUCGUCCAGAGUUACCAGCGCAUCUCAACCUGUGAAGCAAAGCCGGCAGACAUCCAGUUCAGACAGCCCAUGUUCUGUACCAGGUUUUGGUGGCGGCGAAAUGGGUGACUGCGGUUAUGGCAGUGCUAGGGAUGAUGAUAGCAAGAAUGCCAGCAUCAACAGGGUAGAUGUUGACAGCCAAGAUGAGAAUGACGACGACCAUGAGGCUCGCAAAGCAGCCCUGAAGAGGUCCAGGCGCAGAUUGCGAGUUGACAGUGACCGCCAGACACUCUUGGCCAGGAUAGUAUCCGCACAGAUUCGGUGGUGCAAGGGAAGAGGGAAAGCCUGCAGGGCGGACACUGACAGGCGCCCCAUCGUGCAGGAUGAAAGGGUGCUGGCUGGCCUGUGCAAAGACCUGAGGGACAACCGAGGCAACAGAGCUGCACUUGUCUUCAGCCUCUGCAUGUUUUCCGAACCUAGUAUACUCAUUGACCGGCGAGCUGCAAUCUCCACGGGCCUUGUGGAUGUGCUGAACGACCUGGUGCGCAAUGGGGACUCCAGGGUCAGGUCACUUGCAAACGAAAUUCUCAGGGCGAAGAUGGGUGCUCGGGGGACGUGA